AAAAGCCGGACGUUAUUUUCCACUGAAGGCCGAAUCCGUCAUUUCAUUUAUCUCCAAUGAGCGAUCCACCGUGGUCCUCUAAUCUUCCACCUCUGAUCUAAAUCACAAAAUUCCAAAAAUACCCUCCGUCUCCUUUCUUCCCCCAUUUUAUAAUCCUCUCAACUUCGUUUCCAUGCAACCUCGGCCUCUCCCUUCUCUCUAAAAUAUCUCUCUUUCUCUCUCUAAAUCUAUUAAGUUUUAAUUAAUCUAUAUUUAUUUUCCAAUCAUAUUGACAAGUAGAUAAAUAAGUUUAGCUUUUCUUUUCUUUUUUGGUUUUGGCUCGGGCGAGUCAUGACUCGGCGAUGCUCGCAUUGCAGCAACAACGGCCACAACUCCCGCACGUGUCCCACGCGCGGUGGCGGCGGAGGAGUGAAACUAUUCGGCGUUCGUUUGACGGACGGGUCGAUAAUCAAGAAAAGUGCGAGUAUGGGAAAUUUGUCGUCGGCGCACUACCAUAGUUCGUCAUCAGCCGCCGCUUCGCCUAAUCCGGACUCUCCUUUAUCGGAUCACGUCCAUGACCCGAACAACGUGCCCGACGGCUACCUUUCUGAUGACCCCGCCGCACACGCCUCAACUAAUCGUCCCGGAGAAAGAAAGAAAGGUGUUCCAUGGACUGAAGAGGAACAUCGGCUCUUUCUAAUUGGCCUCCAGAAAUUAGGGAAAGGGGAUUGGCGGGGUAUAGCCCGAAACUUUGUUAUGUCAAGGACACCUACUCAGGUAGCCAGUCAUGCCCAGAAGUAUUUCAUCCGUCAGAGUAAUGUUACCCGAAGAAAGAGACGUUCAAGCCUUUUCGACUUGGUUCCAGAUGAUAUGGCUACAGAUACACCCACAGUGCCUGAAGAACAGGUUUUACUGCCUUCUUCACAGGUUGAAGAAGCAGGUAAUGCAAAUUCAAUACCUUCAUUAAAUCACUUUCUCAACUCUGAAUUUGAGCAUCGACAAGCUGCAGCACAAGAAACAGUUAAAGAAACUGAAGAAACCAUGAUUGGAUCAAGUGGAUUUACACCAAUGGCCCCUGGUUUCUUCCCACCUUAUGCACCUAUUCCUUACCCAUUUUGGCCGCCAAAUCCAGCCUCUCCUGAUGACGAGAAGGGCAGAGCGGCGUCUCAACAUCAAGUACUGAAGCCAAUUCCAUUGCUUCCAAAGGAACCUGUCAAUGUAGAUGAACUAGUUGGUAUGUCUCAGCUUAGUAUAGGACAGACUGAGAAUGGCCAUAGAGAGCCUUCACCGCUAUCCUUGAAACUACUAGGAGAACCAUCGCGACAAUCAGCAUUUCAUGCUAAUGCACCAGUUGGUGCACAGAUUUGAGCAAGACUGGUGCUAUUCAAGCCGUCUGAACUGCAGGGAAGGAGGGUGGUACUUCUAUCUUAUUUUGGUUAAUAUUUUUUGCAUUACCAUAUUUUCUACAUUGUAUUUAGUUCUAU